CAUCGUCAAACCCAUCUACAAAGUAGGAAGUCGACAUGUUCUGGCCAAUUAUCGUCCAAUCUGUUUGACAUCAGAAAUGUUUAUAGUUAUGGGCCGGAUCCUAAAACAGGCUGCUAAUCUUCAUCUUGGGGGACAGAAUGUCAUUUCUUAUACCUAACAUGGGUUCCGAGAAGCACGCUACUUUACCUCGAACAUGUUCGUUGCUAAGCAGACCUGGGCACGGUCUCUACACUUCGGCACUCGCUUGGACUUUGUGUUUGACACACUCCCGCAUGAACGGCUUCUGUUUAAACUCCAAGGAAUCGGUAUUUCUGGGAACCUUCUGUCUUGGAUCUCCAGCUUCCUGAACGACCGCUCCAUGCAAGUGAAGGUGAAUGACACAUUUUCUGCUCCUGUUCUCAUGACAAGCAAGGUCCCACAGCGCUCGGUCCCGUAUUUUUCAAUAUCUUCAUCAACGACUUACCGUCCACUCUUCAGACGCAUUGCCUACUCUACGCUGACGGCCUUCAAGAGGCGGACAGAUUACAAGCUAGGCUCGAUCUAAUCCAUGAUUGGUCGAUUAAGUGACAAUUGCCCUUAAAUCAUGAUAAAUGCUCUGUUCUCCCCUUUGGCUCAUCUGAACCAUUGGUGCUUCCUUGUUCAGAAUCGCAACCCAAGAGAAGGAUCUUGGAGUGAUAGUGCCUUCAGACCACAAAUCUCUUCAAGACACCC